AUGUCCUUGGCCAAAUCUAACACCGUUCGAUGGGUCGAAAUUGGGGAAUGGGUCGAGCAAUGUCUAAAUAGGACUGAUUGGCUAUAUGUCGCUCCAGGCAUUUUUGAUACUCCAGACCAUCUGAUAACAAAAGUGUUAAUCCAAAUUGACCUGCCGGUCGUUCGUUCCCUCUGUCAACCAUCUGUUUCUCUAUGCUCUCUACAAACUGAUUUUUUCCCAUGGCUUUCUUCAAUUCCUGACACCCUAUGGUCUCAGGGAAAAAACGAUUUUGGCAGGAUCACAAAUUGUGAACCUCUGGUUGUUUUUCCGAAAUCAUCCUUCCGUCCUCGCCGUGCGCAAUAUCCUCUUUCUCCCGAGGCCGAACUGGGAAUUGCAGCUGUGCAUAAAGAGCUUGUUGAAAAGGGGGCUAUAAUUCCUAUCAAAUAUUCUCCUGUAAACUCUCCUAUUCUACCAGUAAAGAAAGCUGAUGGCUCUUGGCGCUUUGUCCAAGAUCUCAGACAAGUUAAUUCUGCUAUUUUUCCUAGGGCACCGAUUGUCCCUAAUCCUUCCACUAUACUUUCUACAAUUCCUGCAACAGCUCGUUAUUUCUCAGUAAUUGACUUAGCAAAUGCUUUCUUUCCUAUUCCUGUACAUCCUGAUUCUCAGUUUUGGUUUGCUUUUACUUUUCAAAACCGCCGUUGGACAUGGACCGUUAUGCCACAAGGUUAUACAGAGGCUCCUUGUGUAUAUGGCCAAGCGCUUGCUCAGAACCUGGAAGGCUUCUGGCCUGACAGGGAAAGUGCAUUGAUACAGUACGUCGACGAUUUAUUACUCUGUAGCGAAACAGAGAAAGCAUGCACACAAGAUACAGAAUCACUGCUCAAGUAUCUUGCUGAAAAUGGGCACAAGGUCUCUAAGGCCAAACUGCAGUUAGUUCAGACCACUGUCAAAUACUUGGGUCAUGACAUCACGUGUGGUACCAGAGCUCUGUCAAAAGACCGCAUAACCACCAUCCAAAACUUGCCCAGACCGAUCACAAAACAACAGGUUAUGUCUGUAUUGGGCAUUUUAGGUUAUUGUCGACAAUGGAUUUUAAAUUUCUCUGAAAGAGCACAGCCUUUACAAAAUCUAGCUAACACUGCUGACCUUCCUCUUUCUGGUCGCAUACAGUGGAAUGAGCAGGCUGAUAAGGCUCUUAGUGAUUUAAAGAGCGCACUGAUUUCUGCCCCAGCUUUGGGUCUCCCUGACUAUUCUCGUCCAUUCACUUUGUUCGUGGACGAAAAGGGGGGAUACAUGAAUGCAGUUCUAACACAAUUGCACGGGGACAAACAAAGGCCAAUAGCCUAUUUUUCGAAAAAAUUGGAUCCAGUGGCUACAGGACUUCCAACUUGUCUCAGAGCAGUAGCAGCCACAACAGAAGCUGUGCUAGCCAGUACAGAUAUAGUGCUCAUGAGCCCCCUAACAGUAAAGGUGCCUCACGCCGUACACUCCAUUUUAGUACAGGCUAAAACCUCACAUCUCACUACUGCUAGGGCAAUACACUAUCAAAAUGUACUCUGUACCCUGUCAAAUGUCACAAUUGAAAGGUGCACCACCUUAAAUCCAGCUACUCUUCUUCCAACUGAAGAAGAGGGGGAACCCCACAACUGUCAUGACGAAAUAACUAAAGUCUUAAAACCCAGACCAGACCUGCAGGAAACACCCUUAGAAAUUGGGGAGAUAAUUUUUGUGGAUGGAUGUUCCUUACGAUUGGAAAAUGGAACACCCUCAACCAGCUAUGCAGUGGUCAAAGGUGACCACCUGCUGGAAGCAAACCGAAUUUCUUCAAGUUUUAGUGCACAAGCAGCUGAAUUAAUAGCUCUUACCCGAGCUUGUCAGUUGUCAGAAGGAAAAGUCAUAACAAUCUAUACUGAUUCCAGGUAUGCUUUUGGAGUCUGCCAUGAUCAUGGAGCAUUAUGGAAAUUGAGGGGAUUUAAGACCAGUACUGGCAAACCUAUCCAACACCAAAAAUUAGUAGAAUCCCUCUUAGAAGCCAUAACCAAACCAUCAAAACUGGCAAUAGUGAAAUGCCAGGCCCAUACUGGGAAACAGGACCCUGUCAGCAAAGGAAACGAAUUAGCUGAUCACUUUGCUAAACAGGCUGCUUAUAAUAACACACCAAUCUCUUUAUUUUUACAGAAAGAUGACAAAGACCCCGAUAAUCAAAUUAUCUCUUUACAGAGCGCAGCCACGGACAGAGAAAAGAGAAAAUGGUUCAAAGAAGGAUCCCUCUCUGAUGGGGUCUGGACCCAUAAGCAAAAUAACAAACCUUUCCUCCCAAAGGCUUCUUUUCCAGGUAUGGCAAAAGUCGCACAUGGCCUGGACCACGCUGGAAAGGAUGCAAUGGUUCAAGAUGUCGAGAGACAUUGGGAAGCUGUAGGCUUCUCUACAUAUGCAGAGCAAUUCUGCAGACGCUGUGCAUUAUGUCAAAAAUUUAAUGUAGGAAAGGGUACCCAGGUAAGUCCCGCCGUCACACCUAACCCAAUGGGUCCAUUCGAACAUCUCCAAAUGGACUUCAUUGAACUGACACCAUCAAAAGGGUACCGAUACUGUUUGGUAAUUGUUGAUGUGUUCUCCCGAUGGGUGGAAGCUUUCCCUUCCAAGCAUGCAGAUGCCAAAACUGUGGCAAAAGCCUUAAUAAAAGAAAUCAUUCCAAGAUGGGGAAUACCACAAAAAUUGCAGACUGAUAAUGGUAGUCAUUUUGUGAACUCUGUAAUAAAUGAAUUGACCACUUGGCUCCAGAUAAAUGUACAUCAUUACUGCAAGUACCAUCCCCAAAGUGGAGGUAUUGUAGAGAGGUGCAACGGCACCCUAAAAUCUAAAUUGGCAAAAAUCUGUGAGCAGACAAAUUUAACCUGGCCAGAUGCUUUACCCCUGGCCUUGAUGGGAUUAAGAGGGAGGACACACCGACAAUUAGGGCUGUCGCCAUUCGAAAUUCUGACCGGACGGCCCAUGCCUGUUGGCAUGGUCAUUGGUAAUGUCAAUCUGCAUACUGUGGACAAUGAUCUUCUCUCCAGUCUUACAGGUCUCCGAGCCUCCCUGAAGGAAGUCCACGAGCAGGUUAAUGAGGCCUGGAGAACCAGUCCUCCAUCAAAGGACUCCCUGAUUCCUCUGGGAACCUGGAUCCUGGUUAGAGAUACUCGAAGGAAGCACUGGCAUCAGCCUCGUUGGAGGGGACCAUUCCAAGUGCUGCUAUCUACACCACAUGCAGUUAAGGUCGAAGGACUGCCUGCCUGGAUACACACCUCACAUUGCAAGAAAUGGCACUCUUGACUCUAUUACUGAUUCAUCUCACCUUCCCGUUAACAUCUACCCUGGUUACCUUGACUUUUCCCCUUGGAAUCACCACCUCAAUCCAGGUUGAUUUUUGCUC